AUGGCAAGGCUGCUCACAAGGAUGUCCACAAGCCUUCUUUGCUUUUCCACAUUCUUGUUGGCAGUGUUGAUGGGCGUCCUCGCAUUGCCCUGGCUUGUGACAUGUCUUGCGGCAAGUAUGCGAGCCACAUUUCAACACCUUGCCACAGACUAGGCCACAAAGAACGUCCGACCGCCAGCAAGGCUGGUUCUUCAGGGUUUUCUUCCCGCAAAGACACUCCUUUUCCGUCAAGAAUGGACACUUUGGGCACCCUUCCUCCGCUGGGUGGCAGUUAUGCGCCACCUGCGGAUGACCGCACUCCUUCGUCCGGGUGCAGGGGAAACUGCAAGGUGGUGGUUGUGUGCCACACGGAAGAGGUGCUUGAAGCACGGUCCUGCCGCAACUGCACGAUAUAUCAUCGAAGAUGGCCUCUUUACAGCCGCCACAUGGCCCACGGUGACACAGAUCGGUACAGGUAUGAUUGCCACACUUUAG